AUGUUGGGUUCUAACUUUGUACCUUAUACGAAAACCCUCAAUAAUGCCAGUGUUAUUUUUGGCGAAACUGUUUCUGUCGGAAAAGAUGACUUUGGGUCUUUUAUUAACGAGCGUCACACUUUUAUUGAUAAGUCAAUGCUUAUAAAAGAGUUUAUUGAGAGUUCAGAUUCUGUAUCUCUUAUUCUUCGUCCUCGCCGAUUUGGCAAGUCAACAAACUUAUCCAUGUUACGCCGCUUCUUUGAAAUAUCGCAUUCCCAAGAAGAAAUUUUUAUCUCUAAAAAACGAAAACUUUUCGAAAAGUUGAAAAUUUCGACCGAAACAAAAAUUAUGGAAAAUCAUUUGGCUAAAUAUCCUGUUAUUCAUAUCUCACUUAAGGAUUUAACUGCUGACAAUUGGGAUGGUAUGAUUAUAAACUUAAGAACAUUGGUAGCUGAUCUUUACGGAGAAUACCGUUACAUUAUCGACACGUUAUAUCCAGAUGAAAAGAACAAUUAUCAACGAAUCCUUGCUGAAGAUCAAACAUAUCCAAGUUUAGCAUUUGCUUUAAAGCAACUUUCUAAAUAUUUACAACGAUACCAUAAAAAACAAUGUAUUGUACUAAUUGAUGAAUACGAUUCCCCGAUGGAAUGUGCCUAUAAUAAAGGAUAUUUUAAAAUUGCAAAUGAAUUUUUUAAGAAUAUGUUUUCAUCAUUAUUGAAGAGCAACGAUACCAAUGUCAUGAAAGCAAUGUUGGUUGGUGUAUUGCAAAUCGCGAAAUCAGGAUUCUUAUCAGGGCUAAAUAAUAUUCAGGCUUACCCUUUGCAUAGUCCAUUACCUAUUUAUACGGAUAAAUUUGGAUUCACAUCUGAUGAAGUAAAGCUAUUGUUAACAAUGCGUGAAGAAUUGCAGAUUGAGGAUAUCCAAAAAUGGUAUGACGGCUAUUCCGCAGGUGGCUAUGUACACUUAUAUAAUCCAUGGUCCAUUAUCAAUAUGAUUUCAAAAGGCACUUUAUGUCCUUAUUGGACUAGUACGGGAAGCACAAAAACGGUGAAGAAUUUCCUAUGGCGAGCAAGCUCUUCGUUCAAGAAAGCUGUCGAGGAGUUGCUAAAAGGGGAAGCUAUUGCUGAUAUUAAGAUUCAAAACGAUCUUGAAUAUUUAUAUUUGGAUCAAUAUCAAGAUACUACUAUCUGGACGCUCUUGUACUAUGGAGGAUACCUUACUAUGAACCUUGAGAAAAAAUUAAUUAUACCAAAUUUAGAGGUUCGUACAGAAUGGAUUAAUUGGGUGACCGAUAUGUCAUUUUUUAAAGGCGGGAAAACGGUCAUAUCAAUGUUAGAGCAUCUUCUACUUGGAAAUCUGGAUUCAUUUAAAAAUGAAUUUGAAUGCAUGGUCAUAGAUACGCUUUCGUUUUAUGAUGUAGGGGGGUCUAAAUCUGGAAAAAAUGCAGAAUACGUUUAUCAUGCCUUUUGCUUAGGAAUGUUCGUUGUUGCUCGUGAUCGAGGCUAUAACGUUGAUUCUAAUCGUGAGGCUGGUACAGGAAGAUAUGAUGUAAGGAUAGUUCCAAAAUCAGGUGCUAUAAGUGAUGCAGCUGUUGUCAUUGAAUUUAAGGUUGUUGAUGAUAUGAAAAACCUUCAAAAUAUUGCUCAAAAGGCAUUAAAUCAAAUUGAAGAGAAGCAGUAUAGAGCAACUUUACAAAAUGAAGUCAGAAAAGUUUUGGAAAUAGGAAUUGCGUUCAAAGGGAAAAUGUCUUGUGUAUUGGGACGCUCAUUGCGUAGAAAUGAGAAUAAUACAUGGAGCGAAUCUUCACAAUGA